AGUUGUGCCGGUCUUCUCCGUGGGCCAACCACGCCGGCGCUUAAGAUUUGAGCACUCGAGUCCUCUGGAGACAGGAAUCCAAUAUGUACGGAAUCUCUCGCUGAGUGUGUUGUACAUUGUAUGUACUGCACACAAACAGUAUAACUUUGACAUUAUUAUUUGGUUGGUACAUCAUCUUCCAAAUCUGUAAAGCCACUCCCCCACCAAGUCUAACCUACACCUCUGUUGUGGGAUUGUUCCCCUCCACAAACACAAACUACGGUUCUGUCAGUUUGCUCCAGUGGGCACUUCCAACACUACUCCUAUGGCCGCAUAUACCCAGCGAAGAUGAAAUGCGCCACCAAGGACUGUGAUGACCAACGACGAAUCUCAAUCGCACAUUAACCGGUCGUCUCCAUAUUUCGCAUCAACCCCGGAACGAGUCGCCUCGAGAGCCUCGGGUGGCUAGCAGUUGCGAGACACAGCUUCUCCAGAGACAACUGCUCAUUGCUGAGGUCGCCCCAGCAUGCGCAGUAUUCUCCUCGCGAACAGCAAUUAAUAUACUCUGAGCUCCAGAGCAAAUGGAUGUAGCCGAAGCUUUUCGGCAGGGCCUGGGGUCGGUGAGCAAGGCACGAGAGGCUCGAACCCCUCGCGCGAGGGAGAGCAGCCAUGAGAGCGACGGGAACUCGAACUCACCAAGAAUCGCGCACACAUUAGCCGCAUGUUGCCGAUGUCGACAGAGAAAGACGCGGUGCGACCCAACCCUUCCGAAGUGCCUGCCCUGCGAACGAAAGGGCUCUGUCUGCGAAUAUUAUGAUACCACGAAAAACAAGAAGAUAUCUCGAACCUAUGUGAUCCGCCUCCAGGAUCGAGUCCGCGCCCUACAACUGGAACUAGGACGAUAUGUUGACGAUGAUGAUGCUCAAAUUAAGACGGAGGAUUCGAUACGUCCUGGAGGUCUCGUUCGAUUGGAGGAGGACGAUGAGAUGCCACGAUAUCUUGGGCCCUCGAGCGGCAUUGCCAUGACGAGAUUGGUGAUGGAGGAAGCUAGGCGCUACACAGAUUCCAGGAGCAUUCGUGAACUUGUGCCGGAGGUUAGCACUCGACGAGCUCCCGGCCAGUCUCCGGAGUCCAUCCAAGAGAGGAUGAAAUCAUACCCGAUGAUCAGUGCCAUUCCAGCAGAUCGAUUGCCAAAUCGAUCAGUGACUGAUAAGCUGAUAGAAGUCUUCAAUCAAAAAGCUCAGUAUCUUUUCCCUACCUUACAUGAGCCUACAUUUUAUAAGGAAUGUGAUGAAGUUUAUGCUGGCGGUACAGACCCGGUUAAGAACUUUAUUGUGCGAAUAGUUCUAGCCAUCAGCAUGCAGAAGCUUGAUUCGCAAUAUGCGGGCCUGGCGGAUAGCUACUACUUGGCUGCCAUGCAAAGCGUUGAUGAAGUGGUGCGGCCAAAAGAUCUCAGGACAUUACAAUGCCUCGUCCUGAUAGCACAAUAUUCCCUCUUGACGCCUACCAAGACACCGAUAUACUACAUAGUUGGCCUCGCAACGAGAUUAUGCCAGCAGUUAGGCCUCACAGAAGAGAAGACCAUUGUUCAGGGCGUGUCUCUUGGGCAAGUUGAUCCACUACAGAUGGACAUGAGAAGGCGCUUAUCAUGGAUUGUACUCUCGAUGGAGUUUGGGCUGGCGCAUAGCCUUGGUCGUCCCAAUGGAUAUGCCACUGGUCAAGACCAUGUCGAUGUCGGCUUCUUUGCCACAGUCGAUGAUGAAUACAUCACGCCGGGUGGGAUCACUACCAACCAGAUAUCAGAAAAGAAGGUCAUGGCGGUUCAUUUCUUCAAAAUGCGUUUGCUACAAGCUGAAAUACGCCGAGUACUGUACCAAAGGAAACGGUCUGAGCCCAAAAACGACUCACACCCUUGGUUCCCUCAGAUGGAAGAAAAACUUCAAUCUUGGCUAGAAGCAGCCCCUGAGAACCCUAGCUGGAGCAAACCUUGGUUUACUGGCAAGGUCAACACCAUGAUUGUAUUCCUUUUUCGCCCUUCUCCUCAGGUUCCAAAGCCAUCUGCUCGUGGCGCUAUAAUGUGCUACGACGCCUCAGCGUAUAAUAUCAAGAUGCAACACCAUCAGAUGGACAAUCCUUCUGUGGACGUUACUUGGAUCUUCCUUCAGAGCCUGUUCAUGGCUGUGAACACACUUCUCUGGUCGAUAUCAUACCCAGACGUGAGAAGUCUGCACCCGAAAGAAGAACUUGAAGAACUCCUCGAGUUGGCGGUAGGCGUGAUGGUCCGCUGUACCGACCGAUGGCCUGGUAGCAAACCCGCGUCAGAGCUUUAUCAACGGCUUGGGCGAGCGUGUUUCAAGGCCUAUGAUGGUGGAAAGGUUUCCGAUUCCUCCUCUUCACUCUCGGCAAACUCACCUGCAUCAAUCAACGAAUCCAUGUCAUCCCCAUUUUCUUACCACUCAAAUAUUACUGCGUCAUCCAUAGCGUAUUCUCAGAAUUCACAAGAGCCAGCUCCAACUUUCAGCUACGUGUUUAACCAGUCUCCUGAGAAUACUGCGGCAAAUGAGUACCACCAGAACGUUCGAUUCCAGCAACAGCAGCCUACAUUUCGGUCAGAUUCCAUUUUCAUGCAGCCGGCGACUCGCUCGACAGAUCGACGCUUCAGUUACUUCCCUCCUGAGUAUGGGCAAGUAGAGCCACAGUCGUACCAGAUUCAGCCAGAGCAACCUCAAUCGCAGCAGGCUCAACAGCAACCACAGCAGCCUCAACCACAGCUACCUCAACCACAGCUACCUCAGCAACAGCAGCCACUACCGCCUCAGUGGGGCCCUACACCUGUUCAGACUGCCACAUUGCCAAUGCAAGCCCCAGGACCCACAACGGCCCAACAAAGUUUCAACAGUCUGGAUGAGACCAACUACUUCAUCCAACCGACGUACAACUUUGGGCCACUAGUAUAUACCGAUCAAGACUAUGAUACGCAGACAGACCGUAUGGGGAGCUUGAGCUACAGCCAACAGGUGGAACUCAUGGAGAGCCUGGAGACUAAUGGGCUUGAUGGCAUUGAUGAUUACCUGGGGUUGGUCCCGCCGACUUAUUAUAAUCCGUCGAGUGCGCUAUGACGAUAAUCAUGUCUAACAGUAGCUGCACUAAGGGAUUAUGGAUGAUCUUGUAGCGCAGCUCCGAAGCUGCGGUUAUAGAACUCCAUGGCUUCAUUUUUGGCUAACGGAGUUGAUUGGUUACGAUGAGACAUGACAUUUUGGCGUAACAGGGCGUAUAAUCCGUCGAGUGCGCUAUG